AAGUAAUUCUUAAGAGAUUUAUUGCAAACAUAAGUUUGCAGCUCUGUACUUUUUCUAGUGUUCUCCCUGAUGGCCAUCUAUAUUUUUCAGUAUUGAACGCUGAGUAAUGGCUAUGCAGAUGCAGCUUGAAGCAAAUGCAGAUACUUCAGUGGAAGAAGAGAGCUUUGGCCCACAACCUAUUUCACGAUUAGAGCAAUGUGGCAUAAAUGCCAAUGAUGUGAAGAAAUUGGAAGAAGCUGGAUUCCAUACUGUGGAGGCUGUGGCCUAUGCACCGAAAAAGGAGCUAAUAAAUAUUAAGGGGAUUAGUGAAGCCAAAGCUGAUAAAAUUCUGGUAAGUACUGCUUCCGUGCCCUAGGGAGGCAUUAAAGGG